AUGAUUCAUGUCAGUUUCGAUGGCCUUGCUAUCCUAAAAUUUUCCGGUACUCUUGUAACGAAAAACUUGAAGGAAUUCCCGAAAUUGGCUACCGAUGGCAACGGUCCCGCCAAAGCCAAAACAUCGGAGAAAGGCACCAAGCGCCGCGCGGAUAACGGCAACGAUGCUGCAGCUGCUGCUGUUCUCACGUUCUCAGCAGAGCCCUCCGGUCCCUCUUCGACGGGAAAUCAAAAUCCACACCAUGCUCAAUCAGCGCUUGACAGUGCUGCAGCCGCUGGCUCUGCUCCCACCGCUGGCGGCAGGGCCGCCGCCGACAUUGGCGCUGAGGCCGCCGCUGUGGCGGAGGUGAAGCACCUCACGGGCUCGGCUGAGGCGCCGGAGGCGGCCGGACCCAAGGGUAAGAAGCAAAAGGUUGCUGCAACUUACCCCGCCACCGCUGGUGCUGCAACAGCCGCCAACGGCAAGCCAAACGCGGAUAGGCCAGCAGUGGCAUCAGUAGCGAAGGCGGUUCAAAAGUCUACGGCAGCAAGCAAAGCAGCAGCGGCGGAAGCCGCAACAACCGGUCAUGGCAACAAGCAGCAGCAGGGCAAGGACAAGAAACUAACAACACCAGCAGGAAUGGAAGGGCAGGCGGCCGAUGACGGUGAUGAUGGCUAUGACAGCAAAGCGGAUGCCGGCGGCAGUAAAGCACGUCGUAAUGGCAGUACAGUCCGUAGAGCAGUCCAGAGAGUGAAGAGCUACAAGGAAUCAGGGAACGAGGAUGACGAGGACCAGGAGGAGGCAGACGAGACUGCUAAAGUAAAGGACGCUGUUACCGAGGAGGAUGCGCUUCAAUCGACAGGGCCCCCGGCGGCAGCGGUGGCAGCGACAACGGGUGCUGCGGCAGGCCUCAUGCGGAGUCUGUUGGGCUUCUCUCUGGUGGAUGCCGAGGGGCGGCCCGAGCCCCUGGACAGACUGGGUAGUUUGCAGGGCGGAGGACUAUUCAUAACAGCAGCAGCAGCAGCAGCUUCCGUAAGCUUGUGUCGGGUUACCCGAGUUGGGCCGGUCCUUGGGUGGCGCAUCAAGUACUCGGUCGCUGCAGAUCCACGGUUGGUAUUGCACACCGCGCUGGCUCAUUACGAAUGCGCCAAGCCGGCAGCGUCCUACCGAAAACUGCUGGAGCCUCUGCUGGCCCAGGUGGAGCUGGCGGGUGCCGUACAUCAGGCGCUGUGUACGGAGACGGGCGGGCGAUUGGAUUCGACGUUCGAGGACGUUUGCUGUCGGGUGGCGCGAACCAAGGUGUCCAAGCAGUACGGCGGAGCCCGCUACGCACUGAAGCUCAACGGGCGUUUCAUACUCGAACAGCUUGCGGCAAUGGCGGGAACUGCCGGGUCUCACAUCGUCGUCGGAGCAGACAACGGCGGGAAGGACAAGCAGCCGGCGGACAACAGCAAAGCUGCGGCUGCUGCCGCAGCUGACAAGUACUCGUACGACAAUGGGCCCUUUGCACGUGGCCUACGUCAGGCGCUGGAAACCGAGGACCACAUGCCGCUCUCCAAAGACGCCCUGGCGAUGAUCAUGGGUCGUGGAGGAGGAGGAGGAGGAGGUGGAGGCAUUCGUAUCGCGACGGACGGCGGCGGCGGCCGCGAUGCCGAGACAGGCGGUGACGGCGGAGGUGGUGGCGGUGGCGGUGGCGGUACGACAGUCGAUGAUGAUUACGAGAUGGCAUGCCGGCUGAUGGCUGAGGAAUACGCGGAGCACAUGAAUGGUGGCAGGUAUGUUCCGCCGUUGCGCGGGGUCGGGCGCCGGCGGCGCGGGGCUGGCUCUAAGGCGGCUGGCGGCGGCUGCAGUAACAGCAAGGAGCCGUACAUUCAAGUACGGGAAGAAGAGAUUGCAGAUGACUACCCGGAGCCCAAAGAGUACAAGGGCGAGGAGGACCAGGACGAAUGGGACGAGCUGAUUCUGGAGGAUCCGGAGCUGCUGGGUUGCGGUUUUCAUGGCGCGGACGAACGCGACAGCAGCCGUACGUUGGAUCAUUUCGCCAUCUACAACUCCGAUGUGCGGGGGAUGGCGCGUAUGGGACAUGUGUGGGGACAUGGAUUCCUGACCACCCUGGAGCUGGUGCCCAUGGUGGCGGGCCUGGAUGCCAACGUCAACAUCUUUGCCAGCGGCGUGCUCGCGGAAGACACGGGAGACUGGGGGCCCGCAGCUGCGCCUGAGGCAGUUGAUGCUGAGGCGUCGGGCUGCGGUUCCGGAGCUGGUGGAUCCGGAUCCGGGGGAUCUGCUUCCUGUGGUGGUCAACGGUAUUUCUUGACCCAGAUCCGGGAAUGGUUUGUGGAGUGCGGUCCGGAGGGCCAGGUAGUGAUCAACAUUCGUACGGACGUGUCGUGGUACCGCCUCCUGAGGCCCCAGAAGCGCUACGCGCCGUGGUUCCGUGUCGUACAGCGCGCUGCCAACGUUGCCGUACAGAUCCUCAAAUGGUUGGACGAGCAAGAUCGUGCAGCACGUCUUUACUUCCCCGAUGUGAUCACCCGUUUGUCCUCUCUUGCCCCGGGACACGAGGCGUACAUCAGGGCCAAGGUGGAAGCAGUGGAACGCUUCGUGGUGGUGCAUGGCCAGGUGGUCCUCAACCUCAUAGGCCGCCACUACAAAGACGCCAUUCGUCGCUGUGGAUUUGGAAAGGCCCUGAGAGUCAAGCUGGGAGAGCGACGACACCGCAAACUGGGGAAGCCUUCCGCGGCGGGUGGGGCGCGCAGGGGAGGCAGAGGAGCGACAGCGGCUGCGGGUGGGGCGGGCUCUGGGAUGGCGGCUGCGAAGGAGAACCCUGUCAAGCUCCGCCAAGUCCGUAAGGCCAAGAAGCCCGAGCCCAUGCCGGCCACGUCCACAGCACAGGUUCGCCGUAUCUGGUCGGACUAUUUCACCGCUUUGGACGAGAUUCAAAGGAAGCAGCAGCUCAAGAAGGAACAGGAGCUGCAGCAGCAGAACGGCGACCAACAGCAGCUGCAGGAAGAGAAGGAGCAGAAGAUGGAUGUGGACAGCGAGCCCGCGGCGGGAGCACCAGCAGCACCAGCACCAGCACCAGUGCAUGCUGCUCCUGUGGCAGCAGCGGAGUCGGCAGCAGGGGUUUUCCGGCUCCCAAAGAUUCUGUCCAAGUCAUGGGUGCUGACAGAGCGCCGGACGGUGGACGAGGCCACAGGCCGUACGAUGUACGGCGCAGCUACAUGUGGCGAUCUUAAACUGACCCCAGGGUCGAUUAUCCGCCUCGGUAUAGUCCCGCAGCUGCUUGGCGGCCGCCGCUGCCGCCGUCGUGUGGCCGCUGCCGCCUCCGACGGCAGUGAUGACGACGAGGGUGAUGGUGCCAGCGAAGGCGACACCGCAGAGUCCGAUGACGGAGGCGAAAAGGACUCCAGUGGCGGCGGCGGCGGCACAGGCGGUACGGAUGCUGCGGCAGCGGCCGCAGCGGCGUCGGCACGCCGUUGGGCGGUUCUGACCGAAGGCCCGUUUGGCCUUGUCCAGUGCAUCUUCACGGACAAGGAGUACAAGGAGGGAGGAGCUGUGAGCCCCACACGCGACUCCAGAUUCCUGUUGUUGACUUCUUUCAACGUUUUCCAGUUGCUUCUUCCGCCAUGGAAGGGGCGUGUGGGUCGAGGGCGACAGGGCUUUCAAUUGGGGGACUCUGUUGCCCCCGGCGUGUCAGCAUUCCCUUUCCCUCUCCGCCUCCUUCAAUCGCCUGCUCUAAGCCGGGGGGGCGGCAGCGGAGGCGCUACAGCUAGCGCCGGCGGCGGCCUGGCGGCGGCACCGGGUGAUGUGGUGGUGCUGCCGCUCAACGGUCGUACAGUGGCGGACGUGGUGGAGUCUAAGUUCCUGAGCCGGUCCGCGAAACACAUCAGCCGGCUGGAGGAUAGCAAGUCUGAUUUGGAGCGGGUUCAUCAGGACGCGGAACGUGUGGCGGCAGGUCGUCCCCCCGUCUUCGUGUACCGCAGUGUGUACUGCCCACUCCAGGGGAUGUUCAGGGAGCUACGGCUCCGAGAUCUGGGCCUAGGGUCGUACGUGCAGGAGGCCCCCCGACCUGCCACCCUGGAGCUGCUGCCCGGGGGUGCGGGCUUCAUCAAGGACGGCGUCACGUAUCAGGUCGGCGACUUUUUGUACCUCCGCGCGGCUGCCUUGGACGAGGAGGAGGAGGAGGAGGAGAGCGACAGCGAGGACAAGGAGCAGGAUACGGGAUCAGACAGCUGCUCCGGAACAGACGAUCCGAAUUCGGAUUCCGAGGACAACGACUCGGAUUCAGAGGAUAAUGACGAGGAGGAGGAGGGCGGCAGCAGCAGCAGCGAAGGCGAGGAUGAUGAUGACGAUGAUGAUGGCGGCGAGGGAGUGGACGAGGACGUUCGCGAUGCGGCUCGGCGGAACCCGCGCCGCGCGGCUGCUGAUGCGACUGCAGCGCGGGGACGAAAGCGAGCUAGCAAGGGCAAGGAGAAGCAGAAGCAGCGUGCGAAGGCGAGGGAGACGAAAAACGCGAAGCAAAAGCAAGGGAUGAAGACGAACAGGUCCAACAACAACGGAAACACUAGCACCAAUCAGAUCGCAGCAGCAGCAGCAGCAGGGGCAGCACCGCCACGUCGGAAGCGGGCAACCACACACAAGGGCAGCAACAACGGUCUUCGGGCCUUUGCGGUGGCUAUGCUGUGGUCAGUGGAGGUGGAGGUGGAGGUGAAGGUAACCAACAAGGGGAACAACAAGAACAACCCCAGGACAGCAGGGGACGCGGCUGGGGCCGGUGUCAAGGGCAAGAAGGAGGCGAUGGCGUCGGCCGCGGAGGCGGUUGCUCCGUUCACUAUUCAGGUCCGCCGCUUUUACCGGCCUGAGGACGUGUCCCCGGAUGUGGCUUACCGAGCUGGCUGGUGGGACCUCUACAUGCCGCCGCUGUCGGAGGGAACGGAGGAGACCGGAGCGAUGCUAGAGCUGUCCGUGGAGGAGGUAUACGGCAAAUGUGACGUCGUUUUGGGCCAGCCACGACCGAAGAGUAGGUACCUGCGAGUGUCUGUGUGUGUGUUUGAUCCUGUUCUGGAUACGUUCCAAGUGGUUGGGUCGUACGACCCUCGCCAGCCCGGCGCCACACCCGGGCCCCCGCCAGCCCGUCUCCCGACACCGCCACUGCCAGCACCGCGCCAGCAGCAGUACGGCAUUGGCGCCAAGGUCAAUGGUGGCAGGGCGCGGGAGGAGGAUGGAAGGGGGGACGGGGAGGAGGACGUAGAGGCGGCAGUUCACGAAGAUGGCGGCGAGGGUAUUCAGUUGGACACGCUGGACAUCUUUGCCGGGUGUGGCGGACUGAGCGAGGGUAUGCACCAGGCCGGCGUGGCUCGUACUCGCUGGGCCAUCGAGUACGACAGUGAGGCAGCCGAGGCAUAUAAGCUCAAUAACCCGGAUGCCAAGGUCUUUUGCAACAACUGCAACGUACUGCUGCGGGCCGCCAUGCUCAAGGCCGGGUUUGAGGCGGAUUGCCUGGCUGACCCCACGUGUGUGGAGGCGGCUGCCGGACUGGACGCCGCCACCCUGGGCGACCUGCCGACCCCUGGGUCGGUCGCCCUCAUGAUGGGCGGGCCGCCCUGCCAGGGCUACUCGGGCAUGAACCGGUUCAACAAGGGGCUCUGGUCUCAAGUGCAGAACAGCAUGGUCAUGGCGUAUUUGUCGUACUGCGAUUUCUACCGCCCGCGGUACUUUUUGCUGGAGAACGUGCGCAACUUUGCGGUGUACCGCGGUGGGGAGGUGUUUCGACUUGUCGUACGGACGCUGCUGGAUCUCGGUUACCAGGUGCGGUUCGGUAUUCUCAACGCUGGCCACUUCGGCGUCCCUCAGUCCCGCAAGCGCACCUUCAUCUGGGCUGCCCUCCCUGGAGAAGUCCUACCCGAGUGGCCGACACCAAGACAUGUCUUUGUGGCGACACAGCUGGGAGUGAGGAUGGGUGGCAAUGCGGCCGCUGCUGCAGGGGGCAGCUGCGGCGGACGGAAGGGAGGCAAGGGCGCAGACGGCGUGAAGAACGGCGGUAGAGGUGGAGGUGCAGGUGGAGGUGGAGGUGGGGAUAUCGCAGGGGGUUCUUUGGCGCCCCCGGGGGGUUUCUUCUUUGCUUCGGGGACGCCGCUGCCCGGAGCACCCCUGCGGACGGUGACGGUGCGGGACGCGAUCGGAGACCUGCCGCCAAUCGACAACGACGCCAAGACGGACGUGUUGCCGUACACAGCCGUGCCAACGAGCGCCUUCCAGCGGGCUAUUCGCGGCUCGGCGGGUUCUGAGCUCCGAGACCACAUGGUAAAGCAAAUGAACGAGCUCAACCUGGAGCGAUGCAGAUGUAUACCCCGGGGGGUGCCGGGUGCCGACUGGCGUGUAUUGCUCAAGAUUGUGGCUGAGGACCCCUCCAGGGAAUUCUUCAAGGGCGAGUCGCUGGUUCCUUUCUGUCUGCCUAACACGGCUGACAGGCACAACGGCUGGCGGGGGCUGUACGGCAGGUUGGACCCCUACGGCCACUUCCCCACAGCCACCACUGAGCCCAACCCCAUGGGCAAGGUGGGUCAGGUGUUCCACCCCGACCAGGACAGAAUCGUGUCGGUGAGGGAGUGCGCCAGGAGCCAGGGUUUUCCUGACCACUUCCGAUUCUACGGUAACGUGAUCUGCCGCCAUCGUCAGGUGGGCAAUGCGGUGCCGCCACCGCUCGCUCGGGCCCUCGGACAGCAGCUGCGUCUCGCCCUCAAGGAGGGCCGAGCUCGCGAUACGAAGGAGGCCGCUGAGAAAAUCCAAUCGAUGCGAGCCCGCCGGCAGCAGCAGCCACAGCAGCAGCCACAGCAGCAACACAAGCAUAAGUAG